AUGUAUCUAAAUCGGUGCAAUGAUGCUAAGACUGUCAUCAAGUUCCUACAUAAGCACAUUUUCACAAUAUUCGGUACACCACGUGCCUUGAUUAGUGACGAGGGCACAUACUUCAUAAAUAAUUUGUUGGAAGAAACUCUGGAAAAGUGUGACAUAAAGCACAGGGUAGCCACAACCUACCAUCCUAAAACCAAUGCAGAAUUAUCAAAUAGGGAGAUAAAGGAAAUUUUAGCAAAAGUAGUCAAACCACACAGAAGGGACUACGCAUCCAAAUUGGAUGAUGCCCUAUGGGCUUACCGAACUGCUUUCAAAACCCCUAUUGGAAUGUCUCCCUAUAAGUUGAUUUUUGGUAAAGCUUGUCAUUUGCCUCUAGAGUUGGAACAUAAAGCCUACUGGGCCAUCAAAGAACUAAACAUGAGUUUAGAUGAGGCAGGGAAGAAAAGAUAUCUACAGUUGAGUGAAUUGGAAGAACAUAGGAAUUAUUCCUAUGAAAAUGCGAAGCUUUAUAAAGAAAAUACCAAGAAAUGGCAUGACAAGAAAAUUCUUCCAAAGGACUUCACAGAAGGUCAACAUGUACUUCUGUUUAAUUCAAGAUUCAAACUGUUUCCUGGAAAGCAAAACUCAAGAUGGACUGGACUUUUUUACCCUCAUGGCAUAAUUGAAUUAAUUGAUCCUAAUAAGAGUAUCACUUUUAAAGUGAACGGACAAAGGGUAAAACCAUUUUUUGAUCCCUUAGUAAUUAUGCAACAACCUUCCAAGGUUGUUCAUUUUGAAAACUAA